AUGCUCACUCUGAGAGAACUGUAAGAGUUACGAUAAUUAAAUGAUGAUAGAAAGGCAUUACCAGAUAGAUAUGGUAUAAGAUUUAAUUAUCCACUUUCUGCUAGAAAUGAAUAUAAUGGCAAAUAGACACUAAAUGCAUGGGAUCCCAUUACCAACAAACCUUAAACUCUUAUUAUUAAUAAUGGUUCUGAUCCUAUUGUAUUAGAUUUUAAUGUACCAAGAUAAGUAUCCCAAUUUAUUUAUUUUAGGAUAUUACCAAAAAUAUUGUAUUUUAGAAAGGCUUUCCUUUUAACAAUAAUUAAAUAAUUACUGUAAAACCUUAAAUCUAAACAUAAAAUAUAUCCACUAAUGAAUCUUAAAUCUCUUAUUCUUAAUAGCUUCCUUAAAAUUAUAUGCAUGAAUAUCAUCAUAGACAACGUUCUUAUUAACUCAAAAGCGUUGAAGAAAUUCUAAGACCUUGGAAAGCAAAAGAGAUUAUGUAUAACAGGGAAAUAAAUGCUUUAUAAGAUUAAAUUAAAAAAGGAAAUUAUACUAUGAAAAAUAAAACAACUUUGAAAGUUGAUAAUGUAGCCAAAAAAUUAGAUUUAUAAAAUUAAGUUGAAAAAUUAGAAGCCAUUUUAAAAAAUAAAGACGAAGAAAUUAGUAGAUUAAAAAUUUAAAGUUAAGAAGGAGCUGAUAAACUUAUUGAAAUAUCUUAAGAUAAUUUUACUUAAUUCAAUGACCAUUAAAUAGAAUUGCAAAAAUGGAAGCAAAAAUUUAAAGAGCUUAAUAAUUUAUAUCAUGAAUGCGAAGAAGAAUGUACCAUGAAAGAAACAGAAAUUGAAAGUUUAAAAAAAAGAAAACUCUCUGUCAUUAAAACUUAAACUGUAUCAAAAGUUGCAACUAAACCUCAAAAAAAUAUGGAUAGUCCAAGAGCUAUUAUUUCAACUGUAAGCGAUAAAGAUUCAGAUUAUUAUUGA